CUUAGGAAGUCGAAUUACAUUAUUAUUAACAUCGAAAAUGGGUAAGAAAUUCGAUGCAAUAAUGGGGAAGAACUCGAAAUCUUCGAACCAACUUAAGCCACUUCUAAACCUUGCUCUAUCACGUUUAGUCGUCCUCAAGAACCAACGUCAAUCUCGUUGCUCCCUUUCUCGAACCGAUGUUAUCCAGCUUCUAAACCUAACUCAUCACGAUCGAGCCCUUCUUCGUGUUGAGCAAGUGAUAAAAGAAGAGAAUAUGAUUGAUGUUUUUGUUAUGGUAGAAGGUUAUUGUUUCAUCAUCUUGGAAAGGAUACAUCUUAUUGAAGAACAAAGCAGGGAAUGUCCUGAAGAUGUGAAUGAAGCUGUAUCAUCUUUGAUUUAUGCAGCUUCAAGGUGUGGUGAAUUUCCAGAACUUCAAGAGAUUCGAGCCAUUUUCACUAAUCUUUAUGGCAAAGAAUUUGCGGCUCGAGCCAUUGAAUUGCGCAAUAACUGUGCCGUCAACCGCCAGAUGGUUAUAAAGUUAUCACCCAGACAGCCAGAUUUGAAAAGCAGACUGAAAAUACUCAACGAAAUUGCUGCAGAAAACAACAUUGUGUUGCAAAUUCAAGAUAUAACACCACCACCCAAUAUUGAUCAUGAUGAACAGGUCAUAUCGGAUAAUAAUGAAUCACCAAUCAAAGAAACCCAUAAUAAUCUGGAUGAAUUUAAAGAUUCAAUGAAAACAGGGAGACAAUACAAAGAUGUGGCUGAUGCAGCACAGGCGGCUUUUGAAUCCGCCGCUCAUGCUGCCGCCGCCGCAAGGGCGGCUGUAGAACUCUCCAAACCUCAGUAUCACCACCACCAUCGCCGGAGUGAUGAGGUCAGCGAGAGUAAAGAGAUUUAUGAAUCCAGUGAUGAGGAUGAAGAUAUAGUUGAAAGAGAAGACGAGGGUUUGGAUCAGAAUCAGACGAGGGUUGAAGAUGAUGAUGAUGAGGGUUUGCAGAAAAAUCCUUCUAAUUUGAAGGAGGAAGAAGAUGUGUCUGAAAUGGGUGGAGAUUCUUUGGAAGUUGAUUUGAAAUUGAAACAGUCUUCUUUCAGUGGAAACGAGAAUCAAACGGCACCGAAUUCAAAACCAAGGAAAACUCAAAGAUUCAUUGAGUGGACCAGAAGAAGAAGACUAUGGCGGUCAAGACCCGGACAAGAACAAGAAUGACAAGACAAGGAAAGGAAGGUGGCUGUAACUUUCUUCAUGUUCUUUUUAUUUAUUUUUAAAAAAUCAAAAAAAAUUAUAAUCUAUUUUUGUAUUCAAGAUUUUUACUUUUCAUUUUUAUUUUUCAUUUUGAAAGUUAUAAUAAUCUCUCACCCAUUAUUAUAAUAAUCUAUGUAUUAUGGAAGUAAGUUUGAACUUUUAAGAACAAUAUAUCUUUGGAUAGAA